CUCUCACUCGUCUCUGCUCUUUCUGCCUCUGCAGCAUCAGAGAGCUUCCUGAAACUAACAGCAGAGACCAGACUUCACUGACUCUGUGGAGAUCAUCACCAUGGCUUUGAAUAUCUCAGCUAAAUACAAGAACUUCAUCUCCCAAAGUAUUCUGAUCUCUUCAGGACCUCCUGCUGUCUACCAGCUGAAACCAGAAAAAAAGAAAACUGAUUAUCUGACCAGACUGACUGUUGGUGAAAGAAAUCCAAACAAGAUAAAUAAAACCAUCUUACUUGUGGGUGAAACAGGAACAGGAAAAUCUACUCUGAUCAACUCUCUGCUCAACUACAGCAUAGGAGUGAAGUUUGAGGAUGAGGUCUGGUUUCAGAUCGUGGAGGAUGAGAAGAGAAAGCAGACAGAAAGUCAGACAUCAGAUGUGAUCGUGUAUGAGAUCUUUGGGUUUGAAGAUGAAACUCUGCCCUACUCUCUGACCAUCAUCGAUACUCCUGGAUAUGGAGACACCAGAGGCACUGAUAAAGAUGACAUCGUCAUAAAGAGGUUAUUUGACUUGUUUCGAUCAGAUGAUGGAGUUCGUGAGGUUACUGCAGUGGGUCUGGUGAUAAAGGCGAGUGAGAAUCGAGUGAGUGACCGACUGAGGUACAUCUUCAAUUCAGUGAUGUCUCUGUUUGGAAACGAUGUGGAGAAAAACAUUGUAGCUCUCAUCACACACUCAGACGGAGUAACACCUAAAAAUGCUCUCCAAGCUCUUGAAGAUGCUGGUAUUAAAUGUGCCAGAAAUGAGAAGAAUCAACCAACUCACUUCCUGUUUAAUAGCCUACAGAAAGAACAGAGAACAGAAGAAAAUGAGAUGAGUUUGGAGUUUGCAUGGAAAGUAUCAAAGAGGGGAAUGAGUCAAUUCACUGCCUUUGUAACAAAAACUGCACCUCAAAACACAAAGAAAACAGUUGAAGUCAUGAAUUCACGCAUCAGACUGAAGGCCUGCAUCGAAAACCUGAAAGACAGAAUUAAGACCACUGAACAGAAACAGGAAGAAAUCAAACAGAUUCAAGAAGCUCUGAAGAAAAAUGAAGAAGAGAUGAAGAAGAAUAAGAACUUCAAAAUAAAAGUUAAUGAGGUCUACAAAGAUAAAGAAGAUUUCACAGGUCAGAGGUGGUGGUUCUUUGGGUGGUUCUAUGUAGCAGCUGUUAACUGUACACACUGUGAAGAAACCUGUCACUAUCCUAAAGACUGCACAUGGGCCAAUAAUCCUGAAAGCUGUGCGGUCAUGAAAGAUGGCUGCUGUACCGUUUGUACCAACAAGUGUCCUGUAUCAGAUCAUGUGAAAGAAGAGUGGAUCUAUGUGACCAAAACAAGGAGCGUUGAGAAGACUUUGAAUCAUCUGAAAGAGAAGUUUGAGAAGAAUAAAUCAGAAAGUAAGUACAAGUUGAGUUUUUUGGAAAAUCUGAAUGAAGAAAUGAACCGACUGAUAACAGAGAAGAAGCAGUUACUGGAUGAGUCCUACCAAUAUGUCCUCAAACUGGAGCAGAUCGCCCUGAAAGCUGAUUCAGCAUCCACUCUUGACCACCUGGACUUCCUGAUUGAGAAGAUGAAGGAGGAAGGAGACAGAGAGAAGGUCCAGAAGCUGGAGGAGAAGAGAAGCAGAGUGGAUGAAGGAACCAGAUUAGCUCAGUGGUACAAGUUUGGUAAACUGUUUAAGUGAAGAAUGACAUCAUGAGCAGACAGACAACAAGAAUAUUUCAUUAUAACUUUGACAGGUGGAAUUAAAAUGUAAAUGUGAUCAUCUUUCAAAUGUGUUCUAUAUGUUUUCCUUCUGUAAUUUCUUUGAGCAAAGUCCUGUAGAGAGAUGAUCAAGAAGCCUGAUCUGUACCUGAUGUUACAGCUGUUUAUGAAGAGGAUCCACAGCCUCACAGAGCUGCUCUGUGUUCUCUGCUGAGCUCCACCAUCUCUGUCACUGUUUUUACUCCACAUUUAAACUGAACUCUGAACUCUCAUCACUGAUUU